UUAUUUACCUUCUUCACAUGCAUACAUCACCAUCUUGUGAGGUUUAUCUCAAUCUUCGGGUUCUGACAAUAUCCUCUCGGGCCUUGGCCACAUCGUAAUUGCCUGAUGGUCGAACUUAGGGCCAACCAUACCCAGGUCUCUACUCAUAUAUUCUUGAUUUAUCUCUACCUCCCACUUCAAUAUCCUACUCAUUGAUCUCCUGGUUGAUAUCUCUCCUCUUCUUUCUCCUCAUUUACAUACUCUCCUCUGCUUUCAAAUCACCAGAGAGCCAAUAUAACUUCACUUUGCUAUCUCCUUCAUGUUCCUGCCUCUGAUGCACUGAACCCUCCCAUCCUAACUCCUUCCACCCACAACACCCCAAACAGCCCGAAAUCAUGGGCAAGACAUUCCACAAGAUCCACGCCAGCUCGGCGGGCAAAUUCCCCAAAGGCGGAGACAAAAUCCCGCAAUGGAUCCGCGCCAACGGAGGCGAAUACCAUUCGACUAUCACCCCGCAAGUGACUCAUCUCAUCACGACUCUCGAGGCGUAUAAGAAGAAUAUCGCGCCAGUCCGCGAAGCCAAGGCGCUGAAAAACAUCAAGAUCGUCACCUUCGACUGGCUGGAAGAUUCCUUGCUCGCCAAGGACAAGAAGCCAAAACGGGCGAAUGAAUACCUCCUGGAAACGAUUGUAAAGGACGAGGAGAAACGGAAAAGGAAACCAGCUCGAGAGGCGUCUCGGACCACAAAGUCGGUAGACGCUGCAGCGGCCACAACGCGGAAGGCUGGUGCCGCGAAGAAACCCGCAGCUAAGUAUUGCAUCUACGUGGGCGAAACAACAGGGAUCAAGUACGAUAUCCCUCUGGUGCGGCUCAUGGCCUGUAGAAGGUCGAGAGAGAAGAUCCGCCUCAAGGUCAGUCGGUCUAUCUACGAAUCUUCAGUAUACGAAUCCAAGGCCGAGCCACACGUUUACGCUACGCGCAUGGAAUACAGUCGCACCGGAGCAGCUUGUGCCCAGAUGUUGACACCUCUGGGAACUAGUUUGAAGAUAGCUAUGGAUGCAUUCGAGGCAAAGUUCAUGAGUAAGACCGGAGUAGCCUGGGCUGAUCGGUCGAAUGGGGUUGCGCCUCCUCCGAAGAUGGACAAGGAAGGCAAUCCGCUGCCUGCGGACAAGGGGUGGUAUUUCUUUGAAGACGGCCAGAGCAUAUUAUCCCAGUACCUUCAUUCUCAUACCGCUGUCGAAGACCAGGGGCAUGAAGUCGAAACAGCAGGUGGGGCCAGCUUGGUUUGA